AAUUGUGGGCAGGGGGAGUGGAGGGAGCCCGCUCAGAAAGGCCCCUGUGCGACCGCCCGCAGGGUGGAUGGCGAGGCUGGUGAGCAUGACGGCGCUGGAGGACCGCCUGCAGUGCCCCAUCUGCCUCGAGGUCUUCAAGGAGCCCCUAAUGCUGCAGUGCGGCCACUCCUACUGCAAAGGCUGCCUGCUGUCCCUGUUCUGCCACCUGGACUCCGAGCUGCGUUGCCCUGUGUGCCGGCAGGAGGUGGACGGCAGCCGCUCCCCGCCUAACCUCUCCCUGGCGCGGGUGAUCGAGGCCCUGGGACUCCCGCGGGACCCGGAGCCCAAGGUCUGCGCGCACCACCGGAACCCGCUCAGCCUCUUCUGCGAGAAGGACCAGGAGCUCAUCUGCGGCCUCUGCGGGCUGCUGGGCUCCCACCAGCACCACCGGGUCACGCCGGUCUCCACCGUCUACAGCCGCAUGAAGGAGGAGCUUGCAACCCUCAUCUCUGACCUGAAGCAGGAGCAGAAGAAGGUGGAUGAGCAUAUCGGCAAGCUGGUGAACAAUAGGACCCGGAUUGUUAAUGAAUCCGAUGUCUUCAGCUGGGUGAUCCGCCGUGAGUUCCAGGAGUUGCACCACCUAGUGGACGAGGAGAAGGCCCGGUGCCUGGAAGGGGUGGAAGGUCACACCCGUGGCCUCGUGGCCUCCCUGGACAUGCAGCUGGAGCAGGCCCACAGCACACGGGAGCGGCUGGUCCAAGCCAAGUGUGUGCUGGAGCAGUUUGGUAAUGAGAAUCACCAUGAGUUCAUCCGGAAGUACCACUCCAUAGCCUCCAGGGCAGAGCUCCAGCCGGCCCGACCUUUGGAAAGCACGUUCAACCCCAUCUCCUUCAAACCAGGCCUCCACCAGGCUGACAUCAAGCUGACUGUGUGGAAAAGGCUCUUCCGCAAGGUUCUGCCAGCCCCGGAGUCUCUCAAGCUGGAUCCCACCACAGCCCACCCACUCCUGGAACUCUCCAAGGGCAACACAGUGGUGCAGUGUGGGCUCCUGGCCCAGCGGUGCGCCAGCCAGCCUGAGCGCUUUGACUACAGCACUUGUGUCCUGGCCAGCAGGGGCUUCUCCUGUGGCCGCCACUACUGGGAGGUGGUGGUGGGCAUCAAGAGCGACUGGCGCCUGGGCGUCAUCAAGGGCACAGCCAGUCGCAAGGGCAAGCUGAGCAAGUCCCCAGAGCACGGCAUGUGGCUCAUUGGCUUGAAGGAGGGCCGGGUGUAUGAGGCUUUUGGCUGCCCGAGGGUGCCCCUGCCCGUGGCCGGACACCCCCACCGCAUUGGCGUCUAUUUGCAUUAUGAGCAGGGAGAGCUCACCUUCUUCGAUGCUGACCGCCCAGAUGACCUGCGACCACUCUACACAUUCCAGGCUGACUUCCAGGGCAAACUCUACCCCAUCCUGGACACAUGCUGGCAUGAAAGGGGCAGUAACUCACUGCCCAUGGUGCUGCCCCCGCCCAGCGGGCCCAGUCAUCUCAGCUCUCCACAGCCCACCAAGCUGUAGGGGUGCUCAUGGGGCUGCCUGCUCAUAGGCCAUCCCAUCUGGGCAUGGGGACUCCAGGGAUUCUGUUGGGUCCAGAAAACAGCGGUUACAUCUUUACUGUUUGGAAGG